AUGAGAGGCACGUCAUUGCGGACAGCCACCGUUGCUGUCUCGCAGGCGGUCAACCAUGGCCUGGCAGCUCGGGCGAGACCUAGCUAUUCCAGGCUCAGUCGAAACAGCUUCAGUGUCCGGCGCAUAUCGUCCUCGUCCCUUUCAUACUCUGCGACAUACGCUGGCUCUAGUAGCGUCCAGCUCGACGACCCACGCAUUACGGACCCCGACCCCAAGCUCGUUUCUGACAAUCUCGCUCAGUCGCGCAAGCCGCCCAAAGCACUCGGGUCCUUCGGCAAAAUCAGCCUCCCCAAGCUUUUGCAUCUGCUCGUCCCGGAUGCGUACGAAGGAGAUUACCUUGAAGCGCAAACGCUAGACGAGGCUCUAGCCGGCGUUCUCGACAGCGAAAAUUUGACAUCAGAUGCCGCUGGUGAAUCAAUGUCGAGGGAAGACCUCCGCCUUUUGUUUCAAAAGCAUAUUCACGACCUUCACAUCGACGUUCGGGAAUUCCUCGAUCUCCGCAAUACCAUGCUCGCCACCAGCUGGCCCGACGUUCGCAGACAUAUGAUGAGCGUAGCCGACGGCCGAUGGCCCGCUUUCAUACUUCAGCGCACCAUUCACAUGGUCACGACGCCCUCCGAGAUCUCGGACGCCUUGGCACUUCUCACCAUGUCCAUCAGCUCCAUACAGACCGCCAACAAGCCAGCAGAGUAUUACAAGGUACUUCGAUAUUGCCUCUCGAGCCUCAGUAAAAGCAUAGUCCAGGAACACGGAGCAGCGCUGCAUCUGAUGCCCCGGUUGACCGAAGCGGUGUUGGCAUUGGUCGAAGCGGUUCCCGCUCAAGCAGCCUCCAAUGCGGAACUCAUCGGCUCUCUGACGUCUGCAUGUACAUGGCUGCCGGACGAGAGAGCUCGCCGAGCUGUCAUGCAGGUUCUCGACCGACUCGAAAGCCUCCAAGGUGCCAAUGCGGUCGAUGACAUCCGCGGCAAGGUCAUUCGGCAGUGCAUCGCCAGCAUCGAACGCUCGGUGACAACUACGUCGAACAAGUCCGCUUCGUCGAAGCAGUUUGUCAAUAUCGUCAUGAUGGACCGUCUGCUGCAGCACGACUACGGUACAGAUGCAGAUCUCAAACGGCGAGCGCUACGGGGCUCGAUCAUUGUUGCCGGAAAUGCGGAAGACUUUCACCGGACGUGGCGAUACUUCCGUGCGUACGAGCAAUACAAGCAAGGACACGGACUGGCGAUCACAGGGUUCGACCUUCAGCUGCUGUCCAAGGCCUUGGCGAGGUCCCAGCAGGGACGCAAAGAUGCAUGGCGGAUCUUUCUGCAAGCUGAACGACUGCUGCAUAGCGAAACGGACUCGAGAGGACUCCUCAACAGGCCGGUGUCGCGCAAGGACAAGGAGAGGGAUCUAAUGGGCAUCUGCCUCGACCUACUCGGGGUGAUGAGCAGGAGCGGGGACGUGCGUGUGAGCAAGAUCUUCUCCAUGCUCGGCAUCACCGCCAAUGAUCGCGACGAUCCGAACGUAAAAGCGUCUUCGAAGAUGAACGACUUGUCAAAGGCGAUGCUGCAGUCGAGGCGUCGUGUGCACGCAUAUUCGGUGGCGAUGCAGGGCAUGCUGCUGCGCAAGAAGUCCCAUUGUGCUCUGGCGAUUUGGCAGGCCAUGUUGAUGCGCGGGGUGCUGCCCAAUGCCGCAGCUCUGUCACUUCUGCUGCAGAAUCUCUUCGGAUUGGGCGAGGUCAAGACGGCCAUGCAGCAGCUCCACCUUUGGUGCGAGCAAGGCGUUGCCAAACCGGCCAAGACUUGCGACAACUUGAAGGAGAUCGAAGUGCCGAGCCUCGUCCGACCAGCCCUGGCAGAUCUCGAGACGUUCCAACCCGGCGCUCUUUCCGCUCCAACGAGCUCAGACGCGACGAUUUACAAAGUGACACCGGACACCAUUCUCGCGACGGUCGUCUUCAACGGCCUGCAAGCGUGUGGAGCUAAGGGCGUCGAUGCGCUCUGGGAGGCGUACCAACAGACGAUCCAUCUCUUUCCCGACGCGCCGGUGCUCGCGAUGCUACUCAAAGCGUCGUGUCGCGACGAGGGCGAAUCAGGCAUCGAUGCGCGAUUCGGACGCGAGGUGUUUCGGACGCUGCUGUUCAACAAGCACCCCGAGCUAGCCGAGUACGAGAACCCGUUGCGGGCGCAGCUCGAGGCGAAUGGAGCCGCCGGGUGGAUCUUGUCGGGCGAAUCGGUGGGGGACAGGGUGGAGCAGUGGCUCGCUUCGGUCUUCCGGUCCAAGCACGCCGGGCCAUCGACGAUGACGGUGCCGACGGCCGACCUGAGCGCGCUGUCGUUCACCUCGGAAUUGUUUGAACACUACCUCCGACUGCUGCUGCAUCUGCAGCAUUCAACUGGCUCGCUCACGGAUGCGCGCACCUCUCGACGCCAACUGGUCGACCUACUGGGAUGGAUGAAGGAGCUCAACAUCCAACCGUCGACGACGCAUGUAGCAUUGACGGUGCUCGAGAUCGAGGAGCACCUGCCGCCGCCCGUGGCCGCGAGGCAGAUGGCCGUGCUGGACGCAUGGCUGAUCGACUGGCUCGGUGAGCGCGGGUCGCCAGAGCAGCACGUAAUGCAGCGGCACUGGCGAUGGAAGAUGAAGCGGAAUGAGUCGACGAAGCGCAACGGGUCGAGGAAGAGCUGGUUCGAUAAAGUGUCGGGGGGCAGGAAGCCGGAGUGGGAGAAGUGCUCGUAG